CAUCUGCAUGUAACACCUUUUCGUUGUGCAAUUGAAAAAUCGGUACUAAGAAAAGGAAAGCAAUUGGACGUUGGAAUUGAGCAGCAACUUGUUACAGUACAACGAAUUCAGUUGAAUAAUUUAUCUCAAAAAGCUAUGCGUAUUCCUACAGAUGCAGAAAUCGAACGAGUUUUUCAACUCAAACUUUUCAACAAUGAGGGCGGUAAGGGAAUGCUUGCAUCAGAGGAAAAGCGUGCGGAAUUUUUAAAUUUCACAGAAGCGGUCAUACAAACUCCACCGGGAUCAUUAGCACUGGAAACGAUUCUCUUAUUUGUUACUCAUCAUACGGAUUCCAUUGCAAAAAUAUCCAUGGAAAAUUCAAUGAGAUCUGAUAGCAGUCUGUGGUCUUUUCUGCUAGUAUCGGUUCAUUUGGUGCAAAUGCUGAUUGAUAUUCUUCAUAUUGUUAAUGAACCUGAAGAAGGUGAUCGAUUAAUGGUUUUAUUGUUCAAAAGUGAUCGACCAUUUUUGGAUCUUUUUGCUGUGCUUGUAAAACUUUUUCAUCGUACAUGGCGUGAAAUGCAUGCAAGUGAAGAAGACAUCAAAAAGGUUUUGGCAGUUGUUCGAAAGCAAAUUGAUGUUUGUUUGCUAGAAAAACCAGAUACAAUCGAAAGGUUGGAAGAAUUGUUAGCAGCUCAUUCAUAUCCGCAUAUGAAGAAAAUUUGGGAAAAAGAAAGAAGUGCCAAAGAAGCAGAAGAAUUACAAAGUGAUGCUGUCAAAGAGUUACGAGAGUAUCUUCGACCAAGUAUUGUUGAACUAGUCUUGAAGAAUCGUAAAAACGUACUGAAAAAUGGCUAUAAAUUUGGGAAGCUAAUAAAAAGCAAAUCGAUGCAGAAAGUAGAUAUUGCUGAUAUACAACGUGUCGUAGCUGGUGGUGAAGGCGAUUUUCCAAUGAGUAGUAUGAAGGGAAAGAAAAAUUCAAAUGUACGUGGUAUAACGCUAGAAGUUGGUAAUAAGCCUGAUCUCUAUCAUUUGGUAACUUUUGAUGAGCAAACGAUAAAUGCAUGGUGUGAUGGUAUUAAUGCUCUAAUUGGUGUCAAUAAGCUGUCGACUCAGGCUCAGCGACAAGUAGAUCGAUUUUUGAAUAUUGAGCUGAAAAUGCGAUUGCUUGAAUUGGAUCACAUUCCAAAUUCAAUCGAAAUACCACCGCUACCAAAAAAUUUUGACUGGAUUCCAAAAAAUAUUGCUGAGGCUAAGACUUGUAUAACGAAAGUAUAA